AUGUGCCUUGGGAUACCGCUGAGCUCUUGGCUUCCCCUAGCCAUGGAAGCUUUCAUGGUAACUUUUUAAUUUAAACAAAACGUAUUAUUAUUAUUAUUAUUAUUAUUAUUAUUAUAACCUCAUACAAUUCACAAAGCUAAUUUUUGACUUUUUCCCAGGCGUACAGCUAUAUCGGGAUUUUGUCACAGUUUGCGUUAUAUGUAAAAGACGUUCAUCAGUUCACCCCAACGGCUACCAGACUUGCGGUCAGUUCCUUAGAUCAGAGACGAAACAUGUCCGCAUGUGGAAUGGGUCAAAGCGUCGCGGUUGCUUUAGAACGCAUCCGAGUUCGAGCGAAUCGAUAGAUCACCUCUUUAACCUCUGAUUUAUCGAAUUUUAAAACUAGAUCAAAGUUAAAAACCUUUUUUUUUCCAGUUUGAAGCCUCGAAAAAGCUUCUAAUGCUUCUCCACCUAUUAGGCGCAACUUGGGCUUUGAUAUGAGUCGGAAAAAAAUAAGCCUUAUAGUCACUUUUUCUCUAAAUAUGUUGUAGAACACGAUUUUAGGAAUUUUUGUCAUUUUCGAGAUACGGUAGCUCAAAGGAUUACGGUAAAAAAGCUUCGAAAAUCUAUAUCUCGCCAAAAAUUGACGAAUCUUGAUCAAAGUUUGUCACACAAAGUGAAAAAUGAACUAUUUCCAGUUUUAAAACACCUAAAGACUCACAAUUGCUCAUUAUUGCUCAUACUAGUGAAUUGUUCCUAAAAUAUUCAAAACCAGUUAGAAAAAACCCAUUUCCCUUCAAAAGCUCUAGUUCCAAGCAGAAUUUUAUCAUUUACAUCGAGAGAGCUUUAAAAAAAACCUCAACUCAAUUUAUUCUCGAUUUCAAGCCGUGACCAUCAAAAUUGAGCUCAAUAAUUCAGACCCACGUCUACAUAGCCAUCCUAACUUCAAUUCCACUAUUCAUCGCUUAUCUCGCCGAUAAUGUCUACGGCCAGUUUCGUGUCGUCGUUUUCACUGCCCUCGGCUCAGUUUUCGGUUUGAAUCCAUUUUUUUCAGGAGAUUAUUUCAAUGAGUUUCCAUUAUCUAACAAAUGAUUUAUUUGACUUUCUCAUCUGAAAACUACCAACUGUACAAGGGGGGGCUGAAAAUUCAAAAUUUCAGGUCUGUUUUUUCUAGCAUUCCUGUUAAAAUUCUGACUUUUUCCUUUUUUUUUCAAAGUUAUCUUAUUUCCAGGCUAUUCAUUCCUCUACCUUGGCAGCCGAGAAGAUUUACCGUAUUACUCUACGAUUCCUUUCUUUGUGAUUGGAGCCAUUUUGGCUGCAAUAACAAUGGGAACCGAAAGAUCGGUUACGUCGAUUUUUGCCGCUCAACAGGUUUCUCGACUCUUUUGGGAAAAUCUUGAAAAAGAUUAAUUCGGAAAAAGUUUCUUGUAAUGUCAGAAGGAACUAAGGACGGGUUUCAUUUAUACUUUACCCAUUUCACUAGGGAAUGUUUGUUACCCCCCGCUGAACUUUUGAUGAAACUUUGCUGAAGUGUAGGGAGCUUCAAAGUCCCCAAAAUGUGACAAAAACUGCUAUUUCAGGCUUUUGAAGCGUUCGAACUCAAAAACCAGACCUGUUGCGCGAAAUUUUUAGCUUGUGCUGCAAUCAUGACGUUCUAAAGUGCACGUCAGGGAAGUUUCAUCAAAAGUUCAACCAGGGGGGGUUUUCGUGCCAACGUUUAUACUCCGAUUUGUCAAUGAUGACUUUUUCUGUGGAUGAAAUAUGAAUCUUCUUCUUCUUCCUACGCCUCUGUACUGAGCGGCGCCCAAAGUCGAAUAGCUGCGGUCCUAUCCUGAUAUCCAUGAUAAUCAGUGGACUGGCUCGAGUGUACUCAACAGCGACCCCAAGUUCUCCAAGCUUAUGCUUUGUACAGCUUUUUCUCGUUUGUACGCCUUGAGGGGCUCAAGUCGAUCUUGAUAUCAAUGAUAAUCAGUGAACUGUAGUGCGGCCGUGAUUACCCACUACCAAAAUUUCUAAAACCCAUUGUUUGGGUCGUGGCGGGGAUCGAACUUGUGACCCUGUGGACCUUAGACGGGCACACAGCCUGUUGCGCUACGGCACCCCACUGUGAAGGAAAUAUCAUUAUUAUUAUUAUUAUUAUUAUUAUCAUUGUCAUUAUUAUUAUUAUUAUUAUUAAAUAAGGCAUGCUACCGAACUUUCUACAAAAAACUUCCCCAAAAAGAACCGGAAGCACUUGAGUCAACGAAAACCCUCCCAGAUCCCGAAAGAGAACCAAGACUACCGUCCACGUGUCUUCUCAAUCUUCUACAUUUUCUGCAACGUUGGCGCCACCACGACAUUUUUCCUCCUCCAACUUUGGAAACGCAGUUUCUCCUGUUACGGUCGACCCUACUGCUACACGACGCUUUUCGGUAUUUAUCCCAAAAAAUUCUUUUUUAAGGAUACAAUUUUCAAGCUUCCUACCUCGGCUCCUCGGCCAUCGGAGCUCUCAUUUUCUUCGUCGGUCUACCUUUCUUACAAUCGAAGUUAUGAGAAAUCGACCGCUUUUCCUGACUGCUUUUGAAUGCGUCAAGAAGGCUCUAACUUCUGAAGGUUACUAAAGAAUUGACAACAAAGGUAAUUACGCGAACUUUAGGAAAUCAAGAAGAGGAGGAAGAAACUUCGGAGGACAGGUCCGAUUCAACGACGACAAUGAUGAAUUAUUCUAAAACAGGGUCUUUCCUCGACUACGCCUUUCCAGACUACUCAAGGAGAUAUAUUUUUGAGGUACCUUCAACUUGAAAUCGAAAAAAAAAGAGGAGACAUGAAAAAAAAACUUGACUUUUAGAGCUGGGAGGGGGGGUUCGAGAAGCUACUUUGUAGGUCUACAAGAGGUCCAGGCCCAAAAAAUCCAUUUUAAGAAAAAUAAUUUUCCAGCUCUGGUCAAUGAUCAAGGCAAUUCGUGUGUGUGCAGUCGUGGCGAUUCCAUUUUUCGCUAUAUAUUUUCAAGUCUUCAGUUCUUUGGUUAUACAGGUUCACUUCCUUUUUUCAAAAAAUAGUUCUUGGUCGCAUUUGAAAUGGCCUAAAAAUAGUUUCCGACCUGAAACGCUUCGGGAAGUGUUAGACUUAAACUGCGACACCUUGAGCCAUUCCAAAUGCGACCACAAUUUCCUAUCAGACCAUUUUUCUCAUUCCCAGGGCGAAUAUCUGAACCGCCGAUUCCGUUCCUACGUAAUUCCAGUGGAUCAGCAGAAUGUGGUCAUUCCGAUAAUUUGUAUCGUUGCGGCGUUUUCACGAAAGUUCAUUUUCGGUUCUUCCGACGGAUUGUGAGUUUUUGGUCGCACUGGGAAUGGUUAUAUGCGAUGCGGUUGCGUUGCGGUUGGACCUUGAAAGGUUUUUGUCGCGCAAGUCGCUUUGAAGUCGGGUGCACUUCAAUACAGUGGAAGUUUUGCUGCCUUAUAUAACAAAAAAAAAAUCAGAACGCAUCUUUGGUGUCUCUCUUUUUUCAAAAAAAUCAUUUUCGGUCCUUCCGAUGGAUUAUGAGUUUUCGGUCGCAUUUGGAAUGGUUAUAUGCGAUGCGGUUGCGUUGCGGUUGAACCUUGAAAGGUUUUUGUCGCGCAAGCCGGUUUCGGGUCGGCUGCACUUCAAUACAGUGGAAGUUUUGCUGCCAAGUGCAUUGAGCCAACUUUGAGAUAGCCAAAGAAAGUCAUAACGCAUCUUUGGUGUCUCUGUUGUGUCGAAAACUCAUUUUCGGUCUUUCCUUUCGAAGGAUUGUGAGUUUUCGGUCGCACUUGGAAUGGUUAUGUGCGUCGCCCUGCGGUUCAAGUUGAACUUUUGAAAGUUUCUGUCGCGCAAGUCGCUUUGUGGUCGGGCACACUCCAAAUUACCAAUCUCCUUCUGCUCAAUUUUUUCGUGGCUAUUUGAAAAAAAACUGGAAAAAAUAUUCAGCUUCAACCACCAUCGACAAAUGGCCAUCGGAUCGAUUCUUUGUCUGAUUGCCGUGAUUAUAACAGCAGUUAUACAGGUAGAUCCAAGCCUUAUAAGUAGAGUAAUAGAAGGUAAACCUACAAUAGUCUGUUCACCAUUUCAAAUAUUGAAAAAGUUAUAUUUACCUUUCUAAAUUGUUCUGGAACCGAAUUUUCGGACUGAAAAGCUUUUUAAAUAUUUUCAAAGUUCGAAACUUGUGUCCAUUACAGUCUCUUGACUCCAUUGAAACUCCAUGAAGAUUAUUUUUAACGUUUCUCUUUUUUAUACCUACAAAUAUAUAUAUAUAUAGCUUGACUCGAGUUCAAACCUCUGAAACUCCAUUUUUACAGCCUAAAAAGCGCCUUUGAAAGUACCUAACUUGGUUAUUACAUUUUUCUUCCAGAUACAAAUUGACAUGGUCGAUUCCCUGGAACACGACGAGACUAUGGUCACGGUAAGCUUUUCGGUCAUUGCCCAUAUAUUUUACUCCAUAUGUUUCAAGGUCAUAACUCAUCCAGAAAGCCUGACAGAAGACUGUGAAAUUGUCUUUUCCGAAGAUUUCAGCGAAUCUGUCCGGAGAGGUGAAUUUUUUAUGCUCAAAGCUUGAAAAUGACCAAAAUCAGAACCAUUUAUUGAAAAAAUGCCGUUCAUAGCAAUAUCAGGGCCGCAUCAGGAAUGGCUCUCUUAACUAGGAGGAAGAAAAACAUACACCAAAAAGCCAUUCCAAAUGCGGCUAAGAACACGCAUUAUUGAGUCCAGAAAAAAAAUAGUCAUUCUUACUACCUUAGCAAUGUCAGGGCCGCAUUGGGAAUGGCUCUCUUCACAUUUUUCUCAACUGAGGGGAAGAAAAACAUACACCAAAAAAUUUUUUCCAAAUGCGGCCGAGAUCAUGCUUUAUUUGGUCUAAGAGAGGACAGCCUUUCUUACUAUCUCAACAAUGUCAGGGCCGCAUUGGGAAUGGCUCUCUUUCCCAUUUCUCCUUACGAAAGGGAAGAGACACCGCAGAAAAGCCAUUCCAAAUGCGGCUUUAUUGAGUCCAGGAAAGCUACAGUCAUUCUUACUGCCUAAACAAUGUCAGGGACGCAUUGGGAAUGGCUCUCUAUCCCAUUUUUCCUUAAGAAAGGGGAGAGACACCGCAGAAAAGCCAUUCCAAAUGCGGCCCAAAUAUUAUCUCUGCGAAUUGAACUAUAGAACUGGAAUCGAUGAGUUAUUGAAUUGAAACCGCUUUUUUCCUAAAAAAUCUCAAAGUGAAACAGUAAACCCUGAUUUAAGGUCAUCACCACAGUCUCAAGUCGAAAAAAUGCGAUUUCGAGUUCACAUUCACGCCCUACUCUGAAGGCCACGUGGUGAUUAUCGAUCGGAUAACUGAGAAAAACUUCACGAACUUCUACGAAUCCAGUUUCGGAAUCCACAAACCGGCUGGCCACGUCGUUAUGCUAGCCAUGGCUUUGGAGCAGGGCAAAGUUGGUUUUUUUUUUAACUGAAAAGCUCUAAAAAUAUGGAUCUAACAGCACAGUAAAGUCUACAGAGAGUCAAAAAACAGCUUUUUGAGGACUGAAAUUAAAAUUAUAUUAGAUGAGAGCAUCCAUUGGAAAACUUUGAAGUCAUUUAAGGCUACCGUAUGAAAGUUACGGUAGAAAUUGAAUUCAAAGUAAAUUUUUGGCUUUUUUGAAGCUAUAAACUUGAAAUUAAAGUUACAAGCUCUUAGAAGCUUUUAAGACUACAGUAUGAAAGUGUUACGGUAGGUGAACUGUAGAACUUAUAAAUUGAGUUCGAAGUGAAGAAAAUUAUUAAAAAUCACACUAUUAGCUUUUCUCAAUUGACAUGUGGUGUUCGCCGUUCACAACGACUGAUGUGUCCGUUGUGGUCUAGUGGUUAGGAUUUACGGCUCUCACCCGUAAGGCCCGGGUUCGAUUCCCGGCAACGGAAGACAUUUUUGCCAUUUAUCUAUUAGCUUAUUAUUGCUUCCGGAUGCACUUUUUGAAGUUUAUAAAAGAUUGAAAAUACAUAAAGCCUUCAAAAAUGGUUUAUUUCAGAUGGCAGAAGCUUCAUUAUCACCUACUGGCGCUAACGAACUGAAAAAAGUGGUUUUUCGUGAAGAUAUCGUAAUAGAACACGCUCUACCGAUCACUAGUGAGCCGAACUUCACCAUCACCUACAGUAAUGGGUAAUUUUUCUGGUCGCAUUUGAAAUGGAUCGGCGCGUUGCUUGUCUUACAGUGACUAUGACGUUUCGAGCCAUUCCCAGUGCGACUAAUGUCAAUUUUAAACAUUUUCCAGAGCGAAACUGACUAUCGAUUCAACGUACGCCGGCGGUGGUCUUUACGUUAUCGAUCCGACAGAUUUAAGCUUGAUAGAGUAUGUUUUUUUUUUCAUUUCAACGUGAAAAAGUUAUCUUCAAAAUAUUCCAGAAUAAUCCCCGGAAAUACGAUUUCGUUCAUCUUCCAAUUAUCUGCAUUUCUGCUGAUUUUGUCCGCCGAAACGAUGAUAAUUGUGGCGGGACAGGAAUUUUGCUACUCUCAAUCUUCUGCGUCAAUGAAAACUAUUAUGCAGGUGAUCUUUCAAUUCCGCGUAAAAAAAGGGGUUUUGGCUACCUUUUAGUCAAAACUGCUUCAAAAAUCCUUCUGUCUCAUACAGAAAUUUUAACUUUACACACAAUCAUUUCGAAAAGAGCUUGCAGAAAAAAAAAGAAUUUUUUAAACGGUCGAAACAGAAAAAAACUAAUAAAGAAAUUGAUCAGCUUGAAAAACGACAUUUUCGAGCAAAUGCAGUUGAAAAUAUCGUCUAAAUCACUAAAAAUCAGAUCCAAAACCCAUCAAUAAGCUAUAACAAAAAUGGCAAAAAGAACUGAAGAGAGUGGGAUUCGAACCCACGCCUCCGAAGAGACUGGUGCCUUAAACCAGCGCCUUAGACCGCUCGGCCAUCUCUCCACGAGAGUUUGGCAGGCGCGUCGCCGUACAUAGCCCCUCUCUCCGCUUGCCACAAUGCACAGCCGGGUUCAUUUUCAGUCGAGUUGGCUACUAUUUUCGUUCGCCGGCAAUUUGAUCAACUUUAUAUUGAGUCCGGUCUCCUUCGAGGUCACUUAUAUCAUAGCAAUCAGUGAGUCUUAUUCAUUAUCUUACUUUUAAAAACAACAAGGUAAAUUUCAGUCCUGGCCGCAGUUUCAACGAUUUUGUUCAUUGGAAUGACACGGAAUUAUAAUUACAAUUCUAUUGAUACACUAUGUAAGUAUUACUCUGUGAAAUUUUCAACUGUGACAAAAGUGGUAGGAAAAGGAAGGGCAAUUUUCAACUAGAAUAUCGAGUUCUAUACAAAGUUAACUUUCAAACUCGGCUUCCGAACAAAAUUUCAUAAUCAAUAAACUAGAAUAUCAGAAAAAGACUCACCUUUGACUUUUUAUGAAUAUUUAUCUGUCCGAAUCGUCCAGUUUCGCUUAAAAUAUGGCGCAUAAUCGAGUCAAGAGGUUGAAAUCCUAUUUUUGCAGUUUUCGAUGAAAAAAAAAACGUGAAUAGGUUGUGGAGCAUUCCAUAAACGUAGCUGCAGACGAAUAUUAGUCCUAAAAAUUCAAAUUUGUAAAAUAAAUACGAUAAAACGAAAAAAUUAUAAAAGAAAGCACGAAAAAAAAAAAUUAAAUCGACCUUUUCGCCUAAAAUUUUCACCGUUUGCGUCAACGUGUUUGCAGAAUGUGAAUACCGUAACCUUGAAAGACAAUUUUUUUUCAAGUUUCUUUCGCUUUUUUGGUUCAUAAAAAAAUUUCGAAAUGAAUAAGAUGUAUAAUACAAUCUUUGAUCAACUCCAGCAAUUUUUGCAUUUUUCAGCUCGUUCCGACUCACAAACUUCAGCCGAAAAACUGUGA